AUGGAGCCACGAACCAUCCGAUGGGGCAUUCUGGCCGGCGGCGCCCUGCUCGACAGGCGAAUCUACAGCUUGACCUGGCUCUUCCAGACCCUAUACACCACGCAGAUCCCUCCGUCGAAGACAAGCAGCAGUGAACUCUCUCCUCCAGCUCCGCGGGUAGUUGCUAGCUUACUGCAAAGUACCCAUCCACAGGGGUGGGGUAACCCCACAGUGGUGAACAAAACAGCCACCGUGGUGCUAACCUUCCCUCGCGACGUCACGAAAGGGGGAAACAUGUUUGGGAUCGCGACGACCAGCUUCCGCGAGGCGAACGACAUCGACGGCCAGGGCACCAGCGGGCCCGCCGUGCUCAUCCAAGGCAGCAAGGGCGAGCUGCAGGUCUGGCCGCCUAUCUUCCGGCCCACGCGGACGAGGCUGAUUCUAGCUGACUCGACCGUUGAAGAUCGCAGCUGGCCACAGCCGGGGCCGGGUCGGGCGGGUGCUUGGUACAACAGAUACUCCGUUGCGGGGAUGGGGGCCGAGGGCGAGGGGUACGGCAUGUUCUGGGAGGCGGAGGAGGCGGCCAUGGCGGUUGUGGAAGGGAGAAGGAGGGUCGUGUGUUCGGGGCUGAAUGAGUCAGUCCUUAUCAUGCAGGUGAUGGACGAGGUGCGUAGGCAGAACGGUUUGGUCUAUCCUUCGGGCAUUGAGGCUGCAGAUUGA